GAGGCAUCCGACUUCUGACGUACCGACGGAUUACAAAGCUACUGUUACAACACAUACAAUGUAGUUAAGUGAACCAUACUUUGUAGAAUCUUCUAUAGGAAUGGCGAGAAAGAAAUCAUAAAAUUCCUCGAAGCCAAUAGGUAAGGCUGGUUUUUCUUUAACAUUUUUUCAUUUCCUAUACGUAUAGCUCUGUCUAUCAUCGGUAGAUUUGCCUAUCAACAUCCUUCUGUAUCCCUAUACAAAUACAAAGAAUACCUUUUUCUCCGAUCCAACCUCCAUCCAAUAUCACGCAACUACAAACAUGGCAGACCAAGAUGAGACGUCUCCCGAAUCCGGCGAGAUCACUAUCAGUCUCACACAUCACGGAAAACCACACAACUUUACCAUAAACCCAACCGCCACCGUCGCCGACCUUGCCGCCCAAAUCCAGGAUGGACUGCGCAUCCCCGUCAGCAACCAGAAGCUCAUGGUCUCAAAACUCGGCCUCCUCAGAGCCCCCUUCGCCGAGCGCCCCGUCACCGAUCUCCAGGACAAGAAGAUAACCCUAAUCGGCACAUCGACCGAGGAGAUCGCCUCCCUAGCAUCGGCCUCUCAAAGCGCAGCGCAGCGACAAGCACACCUAGCCGCCGCGCGGCGCAAUCUACCCAAGGCAUACUCGCGGCGGGACUCGCAGCGCGUUCUCGAAGACAGCACAUACACCUUCGCGACUUUGCGCCCUCUCCCCAACCUGCCUCACCCAGAGCGCUCCCUCGCCUUCCUCGAGCGGCUGAGAGCCGACCCGGGGAUCCGCGCCGCAAUGCGCACGCACAAAUUCAGCGUCGGCCUGCUCACGGAAAUGGACCCAUUAUCAUACACGGAGUCUUCGCACGAGGGCACGACGCGGAUCCUGGGACUGAACCGCAACGCGGGCGAGGUCAUCGAGCUUCGUCUGCGUACGGAUGCGUACGACGGGUACCGCGACUACAAAACUAUUCGGAAUACGCUGUGUCACGAGCUCGCGCACAACGUGCACCAGAACCACGACCGCGCGUUCUGGGACCUGACGCAUCAGAUCGAGAGGGAGGUUGCGCGCGCGGAUUGGACUCGCGGGGGACGGAAUGUGGGAGGCGAGGAGUUUUACGAGCCUGGGGCGGAAGAGGAGGUGGCGUAUGAUCAUGGCGGGUGGACGGGCGGGGAGUUUGUGCUUGGAGGGGGAGGUUCGGGAGCUGCUGCGGCGGGGCAGGGCGCGUUGAGUAGACGUGAGAUCGUGGCCAAGGCGGCGGAGGAACGUAUGAAGAAGCAGAAACAGGCUGAGGAGGAGGCGAAGAGGAAUCGGUGAUGUGUUGAGACGAUGCGGGUAUACGAUUCUACUAAGUACCUAUCUUACGGGUUUUCCUAAGCUGGACGAUAUAGGGGGGAGGGCUUCACGAUUUAUGCAUGGCUAUGGCGUUUAGGGAUGGUCUAAGUUGGAUUGAUCUAUAGACAAGCGGAUAAGCGUAUAUUUCACGAGCUACGAGCUGUUUGAACAAUAUAACAAAUAUUUCUCAA